GCCCCGGCCUGCCGAAUAUUCCGGGCUGGGCAUCCGGCCUUCGGAGCACUGGCGGCCCGGGCGACUGCAUCGGACUCAACGGCUUGAUGCAGUGCAUUCCGAGUGAACGCCUGCCCACGCGCAGCUAAGGUAGACACAAACUUCUCGGAGUGGUUUCGUGUCUAGCGAACUUAGUGCAAUAAACUCCUCAGAUACCAUAGAGAACCCGAGUCAGUCAUGUGCCGUCCAGGUACUGGCAGAGCGGUAGAGCAUGUCAUGUCAGGGCACAUCUCUGCUCUCCACAUUUGGGCAUCAUUGGUCCCGACUCUUGGGUUCACCACUUUUUUAUUCGCUCAUAGCUGGGUCGCCGGAGCGCGGCCGCUGGACCGAAAAUUUUCAUGCACAAUCGAAAGCCGACUUUUGAUUGAAAACUUGACCCCGCCUUGUACUUCACCGGCUCAACUCACUCAAGCUGGCUCUGUUCUGCUCACGACGUCUCUUCAAAUCGCGUCAACUUAUCUGCUCUACUUGGUUGAAACAACUCCGUCUCAGCCAAAUACGAAAAAUGGGCGAGAUUGCGCACCCUACCAUCCAGGGACUGUCGUCAGCCUGCCCUCACCCCGCAGCCUUAUGGCACACCCGGCGCUGCUAAAUGCCUAAAGCUCAACUGUGCUGCGAGUCCAUUUACCCAUUGGGCGCUGUGCUCUUGGUGACUGACGACUUCAUGAGACGCCGUGUCACCAACAG